AGCUUCACUACUUUCUUAUGGAUGUUAUUUUGCCUUUAGUUUGCUUAUACAACCAAGGCAGAACUUUGUGAUGACUUAAAACGCUUUCGUUUUCAGUUUUUGGGGUCAUUUUUAGUGAUUGAAGCUCAAUAUGAGUUCCUGGAACUGCUGUAGGACGUGCCUCAGCACCGCAUCUUUAAGCCCAAUAUUUUUACAAACAGAACACAGUGAGCAUUAUACAAAUGUUAUAUUAAUUGCUACAGGUGUCAAGGUUGAGCUUAAUGACUGUUUACCUCAAGAAGUGUGCCACACCUGCAUUUCAUUCAUAAACGAAACAAUGAAAUUCCGUAAAAAAUGUGAACUCACCCAAAUAACACUCCGAAACAGACUUAACGAUAACUCUUACAACAUAAAACAAGAAUUUAACAAACCAGAUACAAUAACUAUAGAUAUUUCAGAAUAUGUAGAUGAUGAUUUUAAAGACUAUGAUGACAAUAUUACCUUAAAUACACUACAAUAUACAGAAGAAAAAACUUUAGAUAAUAAGCGUACAGAAAAAUUUGAUGAUGUAAAAAAUAUACAAACUGAAAACAAAGUACUAGAGACCACAGAUACUAAAGUUAUUUUAGAAAAAGUUAAAAAAGAAGUAAAAAAGAGGAGGGUUAAGAAGAAAGAGAUGAACGGAGAGAAGGUGAAAGAAGAAAUAGAAUGUGAAUAUUGUCAUAAGAUCUUAACAUCAAAACUGUCGAUUAGGAAUCAUUAUAAAAUACAUACUGGUUUUGAUGUGGUUUGUGAGCAUUGCGGCAAGAAGUUCAUAACCCGUCGCCUGCUACUGAUGCACUGCCGGGCGAAGCAUGGGUACGAGAAGACUGACAAGUGCUCGUACUGCGACUACCGAGCGUCCAACGCGGAGCAAGUCAAGAUUCACGAGAGGCUACACACUGGGGAGAAACCAUACGUGUGCGAUCAGUGCGGCGCGGGCUUCCACAGAAAGAGCUCCUACCUACAACACAUCGCCAUUCAUUUGCCUGAGAAAACUGUUCAGUGUACGGUUUGCCCGGCGCGCUUCAAAUCCGUCACUCUGAUGAGGAUCCACGCUGCGCGCCAUCGAGCCCCGCGAUACACUUUCCAGUGUACCCUCUGCGAGAACAGCUUCGCCAGACGGAGGAACGUAGCUCGACACGUGCAGCGGAUCCACGGGCUGCCUCCGGCCCCCGACACGAUUAGCCGGCGUAAGGUAGCCUGACAUUAAUAUAGUCAAGAAUAGAAUAUAAUAUA